AUGGUUGAAGUCAUGAUAUCUCAUUCUGGCAAUAGAGACCUUCAAGUUGCAACUCGAGAGAAUGAUAAGAGCAAAAGUGGAGAGACUUUCAUAAAAUCACUUACGAGGAUGAAGACCUAUGCUGAAAGCCCGGCCAUUUACUUAACUGUUGUAGAAGACACCUCUACCCAGGAUCCAGGACCCGCAAAACAUGAACAAGCCCGGGAAUUUUUUCGUCAAGAGAAAGGUCUCUUCACGCAAGAUACAAAAGAGUUGGAAGAAACCUCGUAUGAACACCAACCUACCUAUGAAGAAGUAGAAGUAUAUCAAAUGGAUGUUGACGACUCCAUGGAUGAUAAAAUGAGUUGGAAUAGGUAUGGAAAUGAAGAUGAUCCUUAUGACCCUGGAUAUGACACAACUAUCACCUUGGAGAAGUGCAUGUACCUGCUUAAGAACAUCCUUGCUGAACCCAAAAAAGAAGAUCCGUAUAACUGUCUUGAUGAAAACUUACAAAGACCUCCAAGAAAUGAGGAUCGAUGGACUAUAGAAGAGGCCUACAUGGUGGACAACUACUUCGAAAUCGAGCCUGAAGAAUGA